GAACGGCGCGUUGGAAAAAAGCGCACACUGUUUAUCCAACUUUCAACUGCACCAUGGUUUGCACCUCAGUCUCGUGUUUGUGGACUAUAUUUUGCCUUCAUUUAUGUUUUUAUGUGAACACUGGAAUAGCACAGAACACAAGAGAGGUGAUCCUGCUGGAUUCAAAGGCGCAGCAGACAGAGCUGGAAUGGAUAUCGUCUCCUCCAAGCGGGUGGGAAGAGAUCAGCGGCUUGGAUGAAAACUAUACACCCAUUCGCACAUACCAGGUCUGCCAGGUCAUGGAGCCAAAUCAGAACAAUUGGCUACGGACUAACUGGAUUGAAAGG